UGCAUUUAUGAAUAAUACAACUAUAAUAGCCUAUUUGUGAUCAAUCCAGUCUUUAUAUAUUGCAGGUUAAUGGUAUAAAACAAUCCAUUUUGGUUGGGAAGUAACCUAAAUAAUUUGCGAGAUAGUUACACAAAAUGGAUUUAACUUCACAAGAUGAAAAUUGUGAUGGCUAUGAGUCGCCAUCUAGUGGAAGUGGGAAAGAUUUGAAAAAUGUUGAAAAAAUCCCAUCUUCACACGAACUGCUUUCUGAUGGAUUUAUGAAUCAAAUUUUGCCAAAAAUCAGGAAUAUAAAGAACAAGAUUGAAGAAGUUACUAAAAACCAAAAUGUGAUGAUCGAAAGUUUGCAAAAAGAAAAUGAAAAAGUUGAAGAGUGGAACGCGCAUAAUGAGGUUUCAACAUACAUGGCUGAGGUAAAGCAUUACCAUUCCAAAUUGCUGAAGAUCCGUAAAGAAAUGGUAAAACUGUCUGAAAAAAGUGCAAAAUUAAAACAAAGGUCCGUCAAACUUGAUCAAAUAAAACAGAAAGAAGAUUUGAAACAAAAAGAAAUAAAAGAAAAACAGAAACAAGAAGAAUUAAGCUUGACAGCUAAGCCAGCUACUUUGCCACCCGAGCAGAGUUGAGAUCGGGUUUUCAUAUUUAUAUUGGGGACAGGAAAGAUGAUAAGACAGCUUAAUCAUAUGACAAACCAUGGCCUUCUGGUUAACCCGGUUAUCAACCCUUGUUGAAUAUUAGAAUUGUUGAGCAGGUAUUUGUGUGGGAGAAGAAUCCACUGUAACCGUCCUGCUGUACAGGAACCAUUCAAUGGCAAUGAGAAGUCCAGCAAUUAUCUCACUUUGUUACUUAUCGAUCUUAAGAUUGAUAAGUAUGUUGAUAAGUAUUUGUCUGUCCGUUUGUCUGUUAGACGAACACGAUAUCUCACGAAGGCG